AGACAAUCUGUUUCAUCUUGAUUCUGCAGCAUUCCAGAAUAGAAGUGUCCUUGGGGCUCUUUCUUAACAUUGAUAUGGUACAGAAGAUUUAAAAUCAGCUGAUGUUCACAAGGAAUAGAGUCACGUGAUGUAUGAAGGGAAACACAUACACUUCUCUGAGGUUGACAAUAAGCCCUUGUGCUCAUAUAGCCCCAAACUGUGCAAGCAGCGGCGGCUCAACGGCUACGCUUUCUGUAUCAGACACGUUCUGGAGGACAAGACUGCCCCCUUCAAGCAAUGUGAAUAUGUGGCCAAGUAUAACAGCCAACGCUGCACCAACCCCAUCCCCAAAUCUGAGGAUCGCAGGUACUGCAACAGCCACUUGCAGGUACUUGGCUUUAUACCGAAAAAAGAGAGGAAGAAAAAGAAUGACCCACUAGAGGAGGCGAAGGCCAGGCACCAGAUGGAUACCAUGGCCUUCAGCCUGACGGUGCCCACCCUGGCCUUGAAGAUGCCCAAUGGACUUGAUGGAAUGUCCCUGUCACCACCAGGGGCGAGGGUCCCUCUCCACUACCUGGAGACAGAGUUGGAAGAUCCUUUUGCUUUCAAUGAGGAAGAUGAUGACCUAAAGAAAGGGGCAACUGUGAGGAAGAAGUUGCAGAGUAAGCUGGCCCAGAAUCGGCAACGCCAGAGAGAGACAGAGAUUUUAAAAGUCCGCCAAGAGCACUUUAGCCCCCCUCCUGCACCUUUGCAGCAGCAGCCUCCGCAGCAGCACGCCCAUCUGCCACCUUUAUCGACUUCUUUAAAGCCUCCAGGGCUGCCGCAGGGUCUGGUCUGCAAGUCCCCUCCACCUCAGAACACCAGCCUACCAAUGCAGGGAGUGGCACCCACCACACACACUAUAGCACAAGCCAGGCAGUCGUCCCAGAAGAGACCCCUGCCUCUCCCGCCCUCCGGUAGGGCUCCUGCUGCGGACCCGCCCCGGACUGACCGGGUCCUCAUGAAAGCCACGGCCUUCUCUCCACACUCAGCUUGCAUGAGUCGGCUGCAGAGACUGGUGAAACUGUGCACUCGGAGACGGCAGCUGGACACAGAUCUGUUUCCCCAUCUAGGGCUGGACUGGUCUGAAGAUAGUGGAGAAGAAUUGGAGGAAUCAGAGCAAGCCUCGCCAUACCAGGUUGCAUGGUCCAUCCGAGAAACCCUCAGAUAUGAGAGACAAGAGUCAGAUGAUGAUGAUACAGACAGCAGGAGUUCCAGGGUGACCCAACUUUGCACUUACUUUCAGCAGAAAUAUAAGCACCUCUGCCGCCUGGAGCGGGCAGAAUCUCGUCAGAAGAAAUGUCGGCAUACAUUUCGAAAAGCCUUGCUGCAGGCGGCCAGUAGAGAACCAGAAUGUGCUGGGCAAGUGAUACAGGAACUCCGAAAAGCUGCAUGCACUCGAACCAGCACAAACCGGGCUCAAUUGAGGGAGGUGGAACCAGCACCAUGUAGUGGAACGGUGAAGGGGGAACCAUGCACUAAUAAAGCUCUUCCGUUCACCAGACAUUGUUUUCAACAUAUCCUCUUGAACCGAUCUCAGCAGCUCUUUUCCAGUUGCACAGCUAAGUUUGCCGAUGGACAGCAGUGUUGUGUGCCAGUUUUUGACAUUACGCACCAGACACCUCUGUGUGAAGAACAUGCCAAAAAAAUGGAUAAUUUUUUGAGAGGAGAUAGCUCCCGUAAAGUUCAGCACCAGCAGCAGAGGAAACCCAGGAAAAAAACAAAGCCACCUGCACUUACCAAAAAACACAAGAAGAAAAGAAGACGUGGACCACGUCGGCCGCAGAAGCCCAUUCCCCCUGCAGUGCCCCAAGGAAACCUCAGCAUGCCCACCAGCGUCUCACUGCCAUUGGAAAUCUCCCAGCUGCGGAGCCCUUCCACACCGGAGCUGAGUACUGACGAGCUGCCUGAUGACAUUGCCAAUGAGAUCACUGACAUUCCACAUGACUUGGAAUUAAAUCAGGAGGACUUUUCAGAUGUCCUGCCACGGCUACCCGAUGACUUACAAGAUUUUGAUUUUUUUGAAGGUAAGAAUGGAGACCUCCUUCCUACAACAGAAGAGGCGGAGGAACUCGAGCGGGCUUUGCAGGCUGUAACUUCCCUUGAGUGCCUGAGUACCAUUGGAGUACUUACCCAGUCAGACGGGGUGCCGGUUCAGGAGCUUUCAGAGAGAGGCAUAGGGGUGUUCUCCACGGGUACUGGAGCUUCAGGAAUGCAGUCCUUGAGCCGGGAAGUAAACACAGACCUCGGGGAGCUGUUGAACGGGCGCAUCGUGCACGAUAACUUCUCCAGCCUAGAGCUGGACGAGAACUUGCUCCGUUCUGCUACCUUGUCCACCCCGCCGACGCCCCUGGCAGGGCAGAUCCAGGGCCAGUUCUCGGCCCCAGCCACUGUCGGCCUUACUCCGGCUACUCUGAUAAGCCAGAGCGCGCUUGGGGAGAGAGCCUUCCCAGGACAGUUUCACGGACUUCCUGACGGCAGCCAUACCUCCCAGAGGCCACAUCCUGCCCAGCUGCUGAGCAAGGCAGACGACCUAAUCACCUCACGACAGCAAUAUAGCAGCGACCAUUCACACUCCUCGCCCCACGGAAGCCAUUAUGACAGCGAGCACGUGCCGUCUCCCUACAGCGAUCACAUCACCUCUCCCCACGCCACCACCUUCUCCGGUGAUAACAUGGCAGCUACCUUCUCAGCAGAAAUGCCCAUCAUGGCGCAGCACUUGCUCCCAACCCAGCUGGAGGUGCCCCUGGGCGGAGUGGUGAACCCCAGAACUCACUGGGGCAACCUCCCCGUCAACCUCGCUGACCCUUCUCCGUUCAGCAACCUUCUCGGCGCCGAUGGACACCUCCUCUCCACGUCCCUGUCCACGCCACCCACCACCUCGAACUCAGAGACCACACAGCCUGCCUUCGCCACCGUGACCCCGAGCAGCUCCAGCGUGCUUCCGGGGCUGCCCCAGACCAGCUUCAGCGGCAUGGGGCCGCCUUCUGCCGACCUGAUGGCCUCCACCUCUCCCAAGCAGCAGCUCCCCCAGUUCAGCGCGGCCUUUGGCCACCAGCUGAGUUCCCACAGCGGCAUCCCGAAGGACCUGCAGCCCAGCCACAGCUCGAUAGCCCCUCCCACAGGCUUCACGGUCACAGGGGCCACUGCGACAAGUACCAAUAAUUCAUCUUCUCCCUUCAGCACCCCUAACUGAGCGGCGUGUCUGUGUGUGUGCAGGCAGCUGGGGACCACUGAAGUAAGCUCUAUAUGCACCCAGAGUUCCCCAUGGAAAAUUUUCAACAUGCAGUGCAGAAGGCUUCAAUGCAGCUAAAUGCCACACCAUUGCUUUUACUUUGGGAGUAGACUGAUUUGCCCUGAAAUGACUCCAAUCUUCAGCAUUAAGGUACAGUUGGUUCCAAUGGAUCAAUGCUGCAAUGAUGGAAAGUUUGAUACUUGUUGAUAGUAUCUUCAUCUGCUUGGAUGGGUUGAACUAGUUCCUCUGAACAGUGAUGAUUAUUUUCACUGUACAGUUUGAGUAUGUCUCAGGGAUUCCUUGUGGAAAUAAGGGCAAUUUAAUAAAAAAAAAAAACAAAAAACAAAAAACUAAAUAGUUUUAAAAGAAAAUAAAGGUAGAAUAUCAUCAAAGAGA